UGGUACACACUGGCCCAAUGAUAUAACCUAGCGAAGAAUUGGCCGCAAAAUAAAACAAUGAAUAAACUAUUAAAUGUAGCGCAGGCGGCGCCGCGCCAGUUUGUCCGGGAAUAUGCAUUUAAAUCGGAUCUUAAAAUCAAAUGGGUGCGUCCCGAGAAGAUCGCUUGCUUCAAGCCAGAGAAGAGCGGCGACCUGGGCAAACUGCCUCCGUUGAAUCCCGAAGAAUUGCUUCCGGAAUUUAAGGACUGCCCGGUGCUGCAAAACGCCGACGAGCUGGUCAAAUCGCAGUUCCAGCUAAGCAACAACGCAAGUUACCUGACCACAAGGUUCUAUCGCGAUGAGUUGGUGAAGGAGGUACAGAGGCAUGCUCAGGAUUUCGGAUCAAUGGAAGCCAAAUUGGCCAAGAUGACCGCUGUGAUUCGCCGGUACCAGGAGCACAUGGAAUCGCACCCUCGCGACAAGAUGAUUAAGGUGCGACUCAAGGAGCUUAUCGACAAGCGCAAGAAGUACCUGAAAUUCCUAAGACGCUGGGACUAUCCCCGCUUCGAGUGGAUCCUCGAGAAACUUGAACUGGUGUACAAGCCUCCGCCCGCACAUUUCCAUUGGAUCACCCGCAAGGAGUCUCUGCAAAAGCUGACCGACACCUAUUGCGAAAACCUCAAGGCAGAGCGACUCGAGGCCUACCACAAGCAGCUGCAGGCCCAGCAGAUCCCCUUCCUAGAGGAGGCCAUCAAGAAGAUGCAGUUCGUGCGGCAGGAGCAGAUAUCCUGCGAUGUACCCGUUACCGUGACCGAAGAGCAGAUCGCCGACUCGAAAAUGCAACUAGCCCAGCUCAAGGAGCUGCAACAGGCAGAGGCAGCGGCCAGCAGCCAAAAACAAAACGAGGAUGGCUUUAAUUAGGCCCGAUUCUUUAAUAGUAGACGGGACAUCGUACCGCAAUGUCAUGAUCGAUAGCAGCGCAGACUGGUAAAUAAAUAAGCAGGCAAGGUUGAUUUGCCAUUAAUAAAUGUGUGAAAACAGA